GUACAACCCUGCAGCAAAAUAGUUCCACCUUGCCAAGUUCUUUAUGCUCUAUAAAAAAGACACGCAACUCAUUUCACUGAACAUACUACCCAAUUAUCAAUGAUUAAAAGAUACGAUUCUCCUUCUAAACUUACAUUUGCCUGUUCUUAAUUAGGCAUCACAAGCUAAUUAUCUGCCGGUAUAAAAUGUUUACAGUGCAAAUGCUGACUCAAAGACUUGAAGUAAUAGAAACUAGUUACUAAAGACGUCAAUCUCCUCACAUUUUCUUUUCUACUCGUCUCUCCUCUAGAUAUACCUGUUCUUGAAGCCUCAAUUGGUGCACGGUGAGAAAGAAGAGGAAGAGGAGGGGGGACGAGGAAGAGGAGAAGGAGGAAGAUGCAUUCUGCCUAUUAGAUUUGAUUUUUUUUUUUUGUUUGCUCCUCUUCAGUGAUUUUUAUCAGUUUAGGUGAUUCCCCUUGUAGAAAUCCCACUUCCUCUGCAGAUAAGCGGUACAUCAAUAAUUUUGUGCUUUAAACCCUCACCUGGGGGCAUGGAAAGCUUAAGUGAGUCAAACUUCGCUUACUAACUACCAAGUGUUGUAGGCAAUACUUGAACACAGAUCUUUCGGCCUCCCAGGCCAGCUAUCUAGUCCCUACAGUAUUUCGCGUUUCUUAUUUGCAUAUACAAGUUUUAAAAGACAGACUUCCCCACACACCCAUAAGUUAUAUUUAGAUGUACAGUAGGCAUAAAUAAAUGUACACGCAAACACACAUACCCACAAAUAUCCAUAAAAGUGCGUGGGGAAAAAAAAAAACCCUUUAUAUCUAGUUUUCAUAUAAAAUAACUUAGUUGGACAGACUUAUAGAAGGAUCUGUGUCAAGCAACUGCUUUGAAUUAAGAAAACGUCAGGUGUUGUUCAAAUGCUCUAACUUCCAGAAGGGUUGUUUUGUUUUGUUUUUUCCUAUGUUAAAAUAUGCAAACUAUUCAUCAGUUUCCAUUUCCUCUCCCGAACGCCCUUUCCCAAAUCUGGUGCGUGCGGAAAGGACAAGACCCAGAGAUAAUAUUUGCACGCGCUUUCACUUAACUUUUUGAGUGGAAAACUGCUGAGAAUAUUCUAUAGCCUACGGGUUUUUAACACUUUCCAAAACGCAGUAGCGGGGACCCUUUGAUUAUCUGGACAGAAGCUAUUUGGGAGUUCUAGAGCAAUCUAUCUAGGGAAGACGUCUGAGGCGUCUCAACUUCAAGUGAAGGCAGGAACUUUGGCUCUGUUCCUUGUGCGUUCACUUUCUUUAACCUUCUCCCCCGUUGUUGGGGAGUUGUGGAAACUCCCUCACCUGUCAGAACCCGGAUUUGCAGGGGAAAGGAAAAAGAGCUCCCUGGACUUUUCUGCCACUCCUCUAAAGCGCCUGCAACAGUGAAGAGCCAGGAGCAGCGCAGGUGCGGAAGGUUUAGCCCGAAAAGCUAGUGCCCCUCAGCCCCCAUCCUUCCCCUACCCCAGUUAGCCCCACCGGGACCCACUUCAUAGCCAAUAGACGCCAUUAGGCAGGGGUGCCCAGCUUGAGAACAGAAGCUGCAUCGUAGUGUUCGUGGACGCUCCGCCUCCUUCUCCUCAAUCGCGAACAGCAGAAACCAGAAACCUUUCCCUCAGACCUUGUCUGCUAGAAGGGUGUCGGCCCCUUCUGCUUUUGGGGCUUGAAUAUCCCUACCCAGUCCUCUUACCCUAGCUUCCUGAAGGGGCUGUCUCCUACUCCUCAAUUGCUCCCUCUGGCCAGUUCUCUCGGAGUUCCUGGGCGCUCCACCCCAACUUUUGCUCGAAUCGCGCCCCCUCCUCCCAAGUGCGGCCCCCUCUUCAGGUCCACCUACUCAUACAACAAGCAAUUGUCGAGUUUGGAGAAAGCCAACUGAGACCUUCUCUCGAUCUCGGAAGAAACGAACAAGGUUAUUUCAAGUCCGGACGCGAGCAGAUAGUGUGCUUUGCACAAACGAUACCCUGGAGUUCAAGGAGCCCUGUAUCUGCCUUGUUUGUGCUUCUGAGGAACUAUCUCUCAGCCAACCAGAAAGAAACCUUUAGAGCAGAUUAGCUCUUGGGACGUGUUUUAGAGAAAAAAAGAGAUUCUCCUCUCCCCUCUCCCCCCAACACUAAUAAACUUCCUUGUUUAUUAAUUACAUUGGGGUUGGAAAAGCUGAGGAAAGAAAAACCACUUUAGAGGAGAGAAUUCGAAGUCGAUUCUAAGUUUGGUCCCGACGCUCCAGGCGACCCGAAUUUAAAGGGCAGAGCGAAACCAUGGCCGGCUGCUGCUGCUUGUCCGCGGAGGAGAAGGAAUCGCAGCGCAUUAGUGCUGAAAUUGAGAGACAGCUGCGCAGGGACAAAAAGGAUGCUCGCAGAGAGCUCAAGUUGUUGCUGCUAGGUACUGGUGAAAGUGGGAAAAGCACUUUUAUCAAGCAAAUGAGGAUUAUUCAUGGGUCUGGUUACUCAGAUGAAGACAGAAAAGGCUUCACAAAAUUGGUUUACCAAAAUAUAUUUACUGCUAUGCAAGCAAUGAUCAGAGCCAUGGAUACUUUACAUAUACAGUAUGUAUCUGAACAGAAUAAGGUAAGAUGAAUCAAUGAUGUUUGCCUUAUUAGCUAGCUAAGAUAUAGAUACAUUUUAAUCUUUGGUUGCAUAUUCCAAACAUGGAGACUUAACAUUGUUCUUAUGUGUGGAACAAAAAAAGGUUCUCCAACAUGUGAUGUUUUUGAUAUACACUCUGAGAAUAUGGCAGCUUUGGCUCCCUUUUCCAGUUCUGAUCAUAUGUAUAUGGUUGACUCCUCUAGGUUAUUAUUGUAAAAGACAUAAUACAUCAUGGUUAGUAUGAUACAACUCAAUUUUUCUAAGCUACAAAAUGACCAAAUGUCUUGACUUGAAUAGCUAUUCCCACUAUAUGAGCCUUUUAUCAGAUGAAUGUGGCUUUGUGGUUAAAAAGACUGUGUUCAAGAAUUUUACUUCUUAUGAAAUGUUUGUUUAUGCUCCUGUUUUAUAAGACAAAACAUAAUACAUAGUGCAAAUCAUUAGGUGGUAUAUGCUGUACAUUCCAAAAUUAUAUACAUACCUUUCCAUUUGGUUCAGUUCAUCCUCCUGAGUUGAUGAAGGGACCCUUUUUUAUGGGAAGGGAGCAGGAAGAGAGAACAUCUCAGAAUUAAAGAUAGUUUAUGAUGAUUAUAUUGAUGCCUCAGCUAGCAACACCCUGUAAUAAAACAAUUCCUUUGACUCAGAAUUUGCUUUCCUAUCAUUCAUAGUUAUUUAAAAUACAAAUCUAUGUUAGACCCAAAUAUAGUGGUGCCAGACACCAGACAAAAGUACUAAAAUUCUUUUAGAGUACAAUAGGAAAAAAAAAGGCAAAACAAGUAUAUGGAGAGGUAAUGUGAGACGUCAGUUUCUGUGAGGAUCUAGAAGUUGAACUUAUUUCAAUUGAGGGGGAUUUGAUUGUGAUGCUCUCUUCCAAAGAAGUAACUUGGUGAUACAGUGGAUAGACUGCUGGAUCUGUA